AUGAUCGCUUUGCCAACAUCUAUUCAUAUGAGUAUCAAUCAGCUUCCUUCUUAUUCCUGGCCUUAUCCCGUAGAGGCGGGAGACGUCAUCGUCAAGGUCAAUGAGACGGACGUUGACAGGUUCAGCACCAAAGAGGUGCUCAAGUGCCUGCGGCUGUCGGCGGACCCGGUGCGGCUGCGCCUGAAGCGCGACCCCGUGAUCAAGGCGCGCGUGCGCAGCUUCCUGGCGGGCCGCGAGGAGCCCGCGCGGCCGCGGCCGCCCCCCGCCGCCCCCGGCGCCGCCUCCCCGGCGCCCGCCGUCCCGGCCGCCGGCGACGCCGCCUCCCCCACCGGCGCCGCGCAGCAGCGCCCGCCGCAGCCGCGCUGCGAGGCCUUCAUGAUGACGGGCGACGUCAUCCUCAACCUGUCGCGCACGCAGCACAGCUGCGCUGCCGCCGCCGUGCUACCCCGCAACUCGCACAAAAAGGUGGACAGCUUACGGCAGCACUCAUACCCAGCAACGUCUGCAGCGGACGCAGCGUUUCACCAGUACCACCACCACAACUCCGUGCCGACGAGCCCCAGCGAAGCGGAGCUGGGCGGCCGGCACGCGCUCAGCAACUCUGCGGGGGCGUCGCCUGUGGGGCGGCGCGACGAGGCGGCGCCCCCUGCAGCAGCAGCAACUGCCUACAGCGCCGUGCGCACCUCGCGCUCAGAAGAUCACCUGCAGCUCGCUAAGGACCCAUCCCUCAGUGCCGUCGACAUAGACAUCGAUGAGGAUGUGACAUCCUCGCUGAACACAUUGUUGGAUCCACAUGCAGACAGCGGUGGAACACCCACUUCAGGUGGUGCAGGUAUGGCUUCUGGAGCAAGAGCUUUGUCCCCAUCUGGUACAGCUGCUGCUGCUGCCGAGCGCAUAGUAUGGACAUACAAUGCUCGGAGUGACAGCAGCUCUGGCGAGGUCAGCCCCAACUCCCCGACCUCUGUCAGCUCGUCCGUCAUGUCGAGCAAUUCCAGCAACACAGCACCUACACCUGCAUCUUCAUUACCACUUGGUGGUGGGGGGCACGGUCCACCCCUCAACGGUGACCUCUCGCAGUCUGAAGCAGUUUCCAACAUCUCUAGCCCCGACUUCCAGGAGGAGGAGACGUUAGACAUACUGAGCGCGCGGGACCUAAUGGAGGUCAGCGAUCCGAGCGACAGCGAUUCGACGUUGCUUGCCAGUGAGCGCAACAGCCACGCGAUGACAGCUGCGGAAACAGCUGAACAUCGCAUUGUCAUCCAAGUGCAAGGUCCACCUCGCACAAAUGCCGUAAUGGAUGGCACGCCAGCCACUACUCCAGAGUUCUCAGGCUAUCAGAUUUGCAAUAUGCAGGGCAAUGAGCUCAGAGAAUCGGAAGAUGAACUUACAACUCUGAGUGAAGAUGCCACAGCAUUAACAGCUGUUACAAACAAGGCUGUAUCACCACCACUGUCAUCGGAAGAUGAAAGUGAUAUUGAAAGCCUCCAUAGCUUUCACUACAGCCCAAAGGCAGUCGAUAUACCGUCUGCAAUUCGUCUCGCUAAGAGGUUAUACAUGUUGGAUGGAUUCAAAAAAUCGGAUGUAUCUAGACACCUCAGCAAAAACAAUGACUUCAGUCGUGUUGUUGCUGAGGAGUACCUGAAAUAUUUCAAUUUUGAGGGUGACACACUAGAUAUAGCCCUUCGCAAGUUCCUAAAGCAGUUCAGUUUGACAGGAGAGACGCAGGAGCGGGAAAGAGUCCUUGUUCAUUUUUCAAAACGCUACCUUGACUGCAACCCAGGCACAUUUAAUUCGCAAGAUGCUGUUCACACUCUGACAUGUGCCAUAAUGCUCCUCAACACGGAUCUUCACGGUCAAAAUAUUGGUCGCAAGAUGACAUGCACAGAAUUCAUUGAAAAUCUCUCAGAACUGAAUGAUGGUGACAACUUCCCAAGAGAGGUGCUCAAACAGCUAUACCAGGCAAUUAAAUCUUAUCCACUUGAAUGGGCAUUAGAUGAUGAUGCCGGCAGUGAUGAAUGCAGCCUCCCAGCAAAGCAAGCUGAUGGGCAGCAUAGCCUUUCAGCUAGCAAUCCUUUCCUUGAUGUGCCUAAUGCUGCUACAGCAGUUGAGUACAAGAAAGGCUAUGUUAUGAGAAAGAGCUGUAUUGAUCCAAAUGGGAAGAAGACGCCUUUUGGGAAGCGUGGGUGGAAAAUGUUCUAUUGCACACUACGUGAUAUGGUACUGUAUCUCCAUAAAGAUGAGCAUGGAUUUCGUAAAAGUGCUCUGAGUGAUAACUUGCACAAUGCAAUCCGUAUACAUCAUUCCUUGGCUACGAAAGCCACUGACUACACCAAGAAACAGCACGUCUUUCGAUUACAGACUGCUGACCAGGCAGAGUAUCUGUUUCAGACAAGUGAUUCGAAGGAACUGCAGUCGUGGAUAGACACCAUCAAUUUUGUGGCUGCCAGUUUCUCAGCCCAACCUUUGGCCAGUGCCGUGGGAUCUCAGCGGAAGUUCCAGAGGCCUCUCCUUCCCUGCAGUCAUACAAAACUAAGUCUGCGAGAACAACUACGUGACCACGAAGAGCGUGUGCAACGUCUGGAGUCACAGCUGGAAGAGCACCGGCGAAAUCCCCCAGACCGCUCAGCUCGGGGCCUUGUGCUGCACAAUUACCGGGAGAAGGAUGCGUACCUGCAUCACGAGUUGAAACGGUACAAGACCUACGCAUACCUUUUACGAUCUCGUAUGGCACAGUUCCCCGAACUGGAAGCGACGCUGGCAGAGGCGACGGCAACUGCUGCUGGCUUCGGUGAUGUGGAUGCAGAAGAGUGUGUUCCUGUCGUGUCGCCUGCUAGGUCUCCUGCCACCAACAGCAGUUGCUGGUGCUCGCUACUGUGACUGCAGCUAUGACAGAAAUAUGCAGAAGCAUUUUGUACAAAAUCACCUCCUCUCUCUUAUGUAAUGAGCUACAUGUGACUUCUUUGUUUUUGUCACUGAAACUGUACAUAGACCAAUAUGAACAUUUGUAAAUUAUUGAUGUUAGUGUCAGAUAAGCUACUCUGUUUACAUUGUUAUAAAAUGUUGCAUUUACAAUCAGUGGACCACGU